AUGGCACCGCAGAAGAGCAGUGGCACCCAGGAGCCCCGGAAACGAGCCAAAGGAGAAAACUCCAAAAAUUCAUCGACUUUGAAUAAAUCGGAAAAAUCAACGUCGGUAAACAAAUUGUCAUUUUAUGAAAAACACGAAGUACCCAGAAAGGUUUUCCACUCGUUUGCUGGUGGUGCUACGUUGAUCUUCUACGUUUUAGGCUGGCAAACCUCAGAUUUUAUCAUACCGUUUAUUAUAUUUGCCCUGGGAUUUAUUAUUCAAGACUUUUUCCGAUUGAGAAAUCCUGCUUUGAACGAUUGGCUUAUUGACAAGUUUAAGAUAUUUAUGCGUCCGUCAGAACGCCACCUGUACAACGGUAUCAUUUUCUACCAGCUAGGCUUGCUCUUUCUUUUCGUGGUUUUUCCCAAGGAUAUCUGUAUCAUGGGUACACUUUUUUUGAGUUGGGGCGACACGUUUGCGUCUUUUGUGGGGCGAGAAUUCGGCAAAUAUACCCCCAAGAUUUCCGAGAGAAAGUCUGUGGCCGGGUGCAUUGGUAGUUUUUUGGUAGGAUCUUUGUCGUGCUACCUUUUUUACGGCUAUCUCGUUCCAACUUUCAAGGUGGACUUACCAGGCCAAUUGUUAUGGACUCCACAAACUUCCAGACUUUCGCUACACAGCUACGCGUUUGCCAGCGGCGUGAUUUGUAGCGUUUCGGAGGCAUUUGAUGUGUUCAAUAUAGACGACAACCUCACGAUCCCCGUUCUUGGCGGCAGUCUUUUGUAUACGGUUGUAUAUUUCUUUAGAGUUUAA